AUCGUGGGUGAGGAGAAGCCCGUAACCGGAAGCUGUCGGCUUCCCGACGACUUGCACGAAGAGAUCCUGUCCUACCUCCCCGCGAAGACAUUCUUCAGACUCCAACCUGUCUGUAAGUCCUUCCACGAGCUCUCGGAAAAGUCUGAUUUCCUCCAUUCACAAUCAGAUCUCUGCAAAGCCGUCUCCGGAUUCUUCGUCAAGAUCCGCAAUGCCUUCAAUUCCUUUCUCCUCGUUGACCCCUACGCCGGCGUGCCAAGAACCUUUGGCAAAUUCUUGAGCAAGAACAACGGCUUCAUCCUUGGGUCAGCUGACGGCCUUGUCUUCGUCAUGCACGACAACCGCCGGGCGGCCACCCGUAGCUUAUAUGUCUACAACCCGGCUCGUAGGACUCGGUGUCAUCUACGCGCACCUUCGGACUUGUGUCCGGGGGGUGGCAUCGCGGUGAACUUCAUGAACGAUGGGGACAUGACGAAAGACUACAAGCUGGUGUACCUCUCAUCAACCUGGGUGUGGUACUCGUUGCGCCGCUGCCAGGUCUACGACUCGGUGGCCAAGAAGUGGACGAUGGACAAGCGUCUCGACUUUGGAGGGGGCGCAAUAGAUUUGGAUCACCCGGUGGUCCACGACGAGACCAUAUUCUGGGUGUCGGCGCGGGAAACGUGCAGGAUGAUUAAUGCGUACGUCGUCGCCUUCGACCUGAGGACUGAGUGCACGCAGAUCAUCCGACCGCCGGAAAGAAUGAACAUCGAUCCCUCCGACACCAUUGGGAUCGGCAAGUGGGAGGGAAAGUCGGUUUGCCUGAUUCAUUACCGUCUGUCUUCUCGGGUGUUCGCUCUAGAGCUGCUGGAGAAGAGUAACAACGGUGGGAUACGCUGGGUGACGGCGCAUGAGAUAAGCUCGGACCGGAUGGGGUUCAAGAAACCACUCAACGUGCUGUCCACCAUGCUGUGUGAGGUGGCGACGACUACGCUACUUGUUUUCGCCACACAUGAAGAUGCAUACACCUACAGUAUAAGGGAUGGAGAACUCAAGAAGCUGGCAUUGCAGGAAUGCCAUUUACCAUCGUUGAUCCCUUACUCUAAUACGCUUCGGCCAUGCGAUUCUCAUUUUCUCCUUUCACAGUCGUACCACAACAAUGUCAUCUCCGGCUUCUUUCCUCACGACCGCGACUUUUCUGGACCCUUCUUCCUCGUUGACCCCUACGCCGGUGUGCCCAGAAGCCGCCUCGAAUUCUUGUUCCGCAAAGGCAAAAUCGUUGGGUCAGCUGGUGGCCUCGUCUUUGUGUUGCAUAGGAAAGAUGGUGCGUUAUGCGUCUACAACCCGGCCCGUGGUACUCGGUGCCAGCUACCCUCCCCGCCGAGCAAGUAUUGUACAUGGGGUGGCAUCGCGGUGAGAUUCAUGAACGAUGGAGAUGGGGUGACGAAAAGCUACAGGUUGGUCUACCUUUCACGGCACCCAACGUACCACAACAAUGUCAUCUCCGGCUUCUUUCCCCACAUCCGCAACAUUCCUGGGCCCUUCUUCCUCAUUGACCCCUACGCCGGUGUGCCCAGAAGCAGCCUCGAAUUCUUGUCCUACAGGAAAGUCGUAAUCCUUGGGUCAGCGGGUGGCCUCGUCUUUGUCUUGCAUAACAAAGAUGAUGCCUUAUGCGUCUACAACCCGGCCCGUGGGACUCGGUGCCAGCUGCCCUCCCCGCCGAGCAAGUAUUGGACAUGGGGCGGCAUCGGCAUCGCGGUGAGAUUCAUGAACGAUGGAGAUGGGGUGACGAAAAGCUACAAGUUGGUCUACCUUUCACGGACCCCAGAAGGGAGCUCGUUGCACCGCUGUCAGGUCUAUGACUCGUCUGCGAGGGUGUGGACGAUGGACAAGGAACUCGACUUCGGUCGGAUGGAACUACAUUUGGAGCACCCGGUGGUCUGCGACGACGUCGUAUUCUGGGCAUCGUCACAUUCGAAAUCGUACGAGAGGAUCGACCACUAUGUCGUCGCCUUUGAUGGUAUGGGCGAGGGUCGGUCGUCGUCCUCUCCUGUCGUGGUCAAGUGCACGGGGUCGGAAGUCGUUGCCUGA